ACAGAGUAAUGAAGAGGACAUGAGGGCUGCUGUUAUUCGGGUUCAAAAUGGUGAAUUAACCCUAAGAAGGGCUGGUGAUGUCUAUGGCCUUACCCACACUACACUUUUCUAUCGGCUAAAAAAAGUGGGUCACGAUAAUCCAGAACCUCGGGAAGCGUUUUCAUCCAAAUAUACCUUCCGACAAGUAUUCAAUCAGGAACAAGAGCAGCUGCUUUUAACAUAGAUGUUAAAACGUUUCAGAAUGAACUAUGGGUUAACCUAUAAAACUUUAAAAACCCUGGUUUUCGAUUAUGCAGUACGGCUGAGUCGGAGGAUGCCAC